CAUCGGGAUCGCCAGGAAGCACAAGCCGUUUGUUUACAUCGUUUUUUGUCUCUUUACUGUAUAGGUCUGCACAAUAAUGACCCUGCGCUUACAUCAGCUUAUAGAGUACUUAUACAUACAUGCUCAACGGCAACGUGAGCUGUCCUCAAGCACAUGAGAUCCACGCGUGCUUGAAGGAUAACGUCGAAAAUGCCGCACCAACACUGGGGGGAUCUUCCCUCGAUUCCUGACACUGAAUCAGGUAUCGCCGCGAUUGAACGUGAACAAAUUACAAAGCCACGUCCCGUUCCAAUCGAAGGCGCAGAUCUGUACCAACCAUCACAGCGGGACGAGCUGUCUUUCCCGUUGUCACCCGAAUGCAGCGCAAUUGACCCUAUAACAGGGCAUACCAUAGCUUUGCUCCAGCACGCCAAAAAAGUACAAGCGCUCUUGAACAUUGUUCAACAGCAGGAUAAGGACAUCAAACCAGUCGAAGCAGAAUAUCUCCCUGACAUGCCUCCGGAGCCAAAGAUUCCCGGCUUGACAGAACCGAGGGCUGCAGGAAUGUUAGACAUCAAAUUUGAGAAACCAAAGUCCCCAUAUAAGGCGCCCACAGAGCUGAGUCCCGACGUCAACAGGGCUGUACUUCGAAGAGCGGUCGCAGUGAUUUGCGCUCACAUUGGAUACGAUACAGCGACAGAGUCGGUGUUGGAAGUAUUGACAGACGUCUGCAACGAAUUCUACCAGAGGCUGUGCUUGCAACUGAGAGUCACAGUCGACCGUGAGGCUCUCACGGGACAGACUGGAUUUGUGGACUCUUUGGAGCAUGCACUGAAUGAGUGUGGAAUACCGGGCUUGAAUGUGCUCAACCAGUUUUUUCAGGACCGAAUCCUGAAUUACCACAAACACAUGAUAAAAACGUGCAAGUUGCUCCAUGAAACGUAUGAGAGAGUUAAAGUUCCGCAAGGCAGCUCGUCCGACGACUAUAGAAACGUCAGGGUAAAAGAAGAACCGCUGUCCGAAAUCCAGUUCCCGACUUCGGACGACCUCGAGGAACCAUCCGGUGACGCGGACGAAGCAGCUUUGCAGUUGGAAGAACUGCACGGUGUGUUGCAGACAAUGGAGCAGAGUCAAACACUGAAGGAUGAGGACUCCAUAAAAUGGCCUUUACAGCAGCCACAACGCAAGGAUUCGACUCAGUCAGGGACACUAGAACCUGACGAGGAAAUAGUCAUUGUGAGCGAUUCACCUCCAUUAUCAUCUGACAUGAGCAUUGGGUCGAUUGUUGACAACAUGGAAGCAGCUGUGGAAGGUGGCAAGUUGCUUAGACCCCCUCCUUUCAAGAAAAAGAAGAAAAUGUAACAUGACAGUAUGGAUUUUUUCUACGAGUUUUCAUCCUGUACAUAUUGUAUGUGAAUAUAUUGCCUUAUUCUCA